AUGAGUCGACAGGUCGCAAGAGCCCUGUUGGGCAGAGCAGAGCCUCUCCUGCAGCGCCACGUGGCCUGCAGCGGAGGAGGCAGCAGCCCCGCAAUAACUACCUACAUUGGUAACGGUCACCGCCAUGCGUGCGGCCGCUUUAAACCCCCAGUGCUGCCCGUCAAUGCCAACCCGAUGCUCUCGCCAUCGUACGGCGCUCGGCGCUUCUCCUCCUCCGCCUCCGCUGACUCCGUUCCGAAGCACAAGCCUGAUCUGCUGCGCAUUCUCGCCGCGUGCGCGAUCGGAUCGAGUGCCGCCGCGGGCAUUGCGGUAGCCACCAUGGACCCCAAGGCCGUCAGCGCGCUCUCCUUCGCAGCCACGGACUACAUGACGCCAUUCAUCCGUCUGCUCGACCCCGAGACCUCGCACCAGCUGGCCGUUCUCUCAGGCGAGUGGGGCCUCACGCCGCGCGACUACCGCCCCGACCCGCCCUCCCUCGCGACGACAGUCUGGGGGCGCCGCUUCAGCAAUCCCGUGGGCAUGGCGGCGGGGUUUGACAAGGACGCGCGCUGCGUUGAUUCCAUGUUCGCACUCGGUCUUGGCUUCACCGAGAUUGGGAGUGUCACGCCGCUUCCCCAACCUGGCAACCCUAAACCCCGCUGCUUCCGCCUCACAGAGCAAAAGGCCGUGAUCAAUCGGUACGGCUUCAAUAGCGCGGGAAUUGCUGACGUGGCGGAGAGGCUCGGCGUGUGGCAGGCUCGGCGGCAGCAUCGGGCAGCGCAGGAGCAGAAACGGACGGCGGACGGGCAGGCGCCGAAAAAAGAAAACGUGGUGGAGGAGAGAGUGAGGGACGGAGUGCUGGCGGUGAAUCUGGGGAAGAACAAGACGAGCGAGGAUGCGGCGGGGGACUAUGUGAAGGGCGUGCACGCGCUGGGGCAGUUCGCUGACGUGCUGGUGGUGAACGUGUCCUCGCCCAACACGCCCGGGCUGAGGAAGCUUCAGGGAAGGUCGCAACUGCAGGAACUGCUGCAGCGGGUGCAAGCAGCACGGAAUGAGAUGGAGUGGGGCAAGGAGGGUCCGCCCCCUCUGCUGCUCAAGAUAGCCCCUGAUCUCACCACCGAAGACAUGGCGGAUAUUGCUGCUGUCGCCCUUUCGCUCAAGAUUGACGGACUGGUGGUGAGCAACACGACCAUCUCGCGCCCGGACAGUGUCCUGGGGGUGGUGAAUGCGGACGAGGUGGGGGGCCUCAGUGGCAAGCCCCUGUUUGAGCUCUCCACUGCUGUGCUGCGCCAGAUGUACUCGCUCACUAAGGGUCAAAUCCCCAUCAUCGGCUGUGGUGGCAUCUACAGUGGCGAGGACGCUUAUAAGAAGAUCCGGGCAGGGGCCUCAUUGGUCCAGCUGUACACCUCCAUGGUCUUUGAGGGAGCUGGAGUGGUGCCGAAAAUCAAGAAAGAAUUGGCGGAGUGUCUUGCUCGCGAUGGAUUUGCGUCAGUGGCAGAGGCUGUGGGGGCGGAUCACAGAGAGGCGAGCAAAGGAUUGUAG